AUGGUCCGAUUCGAAAACGACUCGAACGACGCACCCUGGUCUAAAGAGACUCUUCCUUCGAGUAUCUCGGACCCUAAUAUUGACGAUGUGGUCCGUCAGGCAGAUUCAGCUCCAGCCGAAGGAUCGAUGCGACCUGCUGCGAGGCUAAGAGCUCGUCGUAGGGCUAAGGUCAUCCCAGAACAUGUUUGGAACAAGCACAAAAGCACUAUCGAACACCUCUACAUUGAGAAAGAACUCACGCUUACUGAGGUUCGGGCGGAGAUGAUCGCCAGCCACGGCUUUGACGCAUCGCCAUCAAUGUACAAGAAACGACUCGGCGACUGGAAAAAGAGAAAAUAUUACAACUCUAGCUCAGAAGAACGUCAUCUGACGACUUUCCAAUGA